AUGGUUAUGAACCAACUGAAUCAAGCAACAAGCCAAAAAAAACCAACAAGCCUUUCUCCCGCUGUACCGCCCAACACCCAGCAAGCCAUUUUCCCGCAGUACCACCCAACUACCAACAAGCGGUUAUCCCGCGGUACCGCCCUACUACCAACAAGCGGUUAUCCCGCGGUACCGCCCAACAAAAAACAGGUCAUUCUCUCGCGGUACCGCCCAACACCCAGCAAGCCAUUCUCCCGCGGUAUCGCCCUACUACCAACAAGCGAUUCUCCCGCGGUACCCACCAAUAAGCAACAAGCGAUUCUCCCGCGGUACUGCCCAACUACCAACAAGCGAUUCUCCCGCGGUACCGACCAACAACCAACAAGCGAUUCUCCCGCGGUACCGACCAACAACCAACAAGCGAUUCUCCCGCGGUACCGCCCAACAACCAACAAGCGAUUCUCCCGCGCCCAACAAACAAGUCACUGCCCAACAACCAGACUACCAAACAACAAGCGAUUCUCCCAAAAAGAGAUUCUCCCGGUACCGACCAACAACCAACAAGCGAUACCGCCCACAAUCAACAAGCGAUUCUCCUGCGGUACCGCCCAACAACCAACAAGCGAUUCUCCCUCGAUACCGCCCAACAACCAACAGCAGGGGCAGCAAAUUUUCAAACGAAAUAAAGUCGAAUCGAGUGACCACAAUAAAAGUGACACAUCAAAGACCGAAGGUACAUGUAACCAAGAUAAGGAAAUCGUCAUGGACAUUGCCCCCCCCCCUGCCUCCCCAACCCCCCGAUCCCACACCAGGGCCCUGCUCUGGACCCUCUUGGGGCCUAGGCGGCCCCCAGACCCCUCGCCUGGGCUUACACAUUUCUGCUUGGCUAGCUACGCCCCUGAACAGGCCAUUCUCCCGCGGUUCUGCCCAACAACCAACAAGCCAUUCUCCUGCGGUACCGCCCAACAUCCUAUAUGCGAUUCUCCUGCUCUACCAUCCAACAACCAACAAGCCAUUCUCCCGCGGUAUCGCACAGCGGGACAAGCUAUAAAUACGAUGUCGCCUUUAUGA